AUGCAGGUGCAUGCCGUUCCUGAAUCUGAACGCGCAUUUGAUGCGACUGGUCGCCAGCUCCCUUGGGGCUACGAGUACCCGGAUAACGAACACGGCCAACGUCGCCAUGUUGAAGAGCGAGGCCCAUUCGGAAGAGCGACACGGAGACGCGGUCUGUCGCGUAGCAAGACUACGGGCACACCGGCGCGCAAAGAAGACCAGGCGCAGGCAGAAAACACGAAGUACAUAGACAGCAUCUUUACCAACCUCAAGACACAACCCUCUUCGCAAGAUACCGCCGCCGCGCCCGCCGCAUCUACGCAGACCGCCGCCGCACCCGCUUUAGCUGCGAACCAAACGCCAGGCGCUGGCGAACCCACUGAGGUCAUACUCUACGGGUUUAGCACUGAUACCCAGUGGGCUGCGAUUGCCCACUACGAGAAGAUUUCCGGGGGCAUCGUGUACGAAGAUUAUGACCGGCACCCACCCACGUCCAAGUACAAUGUACCUCUCAGCACGAACCGGGCGCUUGCAGCGCGUAGUCUCUCAGCAGCAGCAUUGAAGAAGAAGAACACGUACAGCGGCGGCGACCACUGGAUCAAGGUCACGUUUGACUCGGCCGAGGCGGCAGACCGCGCCUGCCACUACACUCCGCACACCAUCCACGGCCACUCUGUCUAUGCCGAGUUGUACCGCGGCACAGGACCACAACACGGCGAUAUUGCCAUACCGCCCACGCACGCCGCAUUCAACAGCAUAGCAAGCUCUCCCACCAUGUCCAGCGCGACGAUACGCGGCUCCAACGCCUCACCAAACACGUCCGAGACGGCCUCGUCGGCGACCGCAACCGGGCCCUCCGCUCCUCCUACCAUUCGCAACCGGUCCGCGCCCUCGUCCUUCCGCUCAGCACUCACCAACGAUGCUGCCGCGACCACGUCCUCGGACGCCUCCACCGGCGCCUUCAUUCAACGGCCCCCGGGCGCUCCGCAAGCACAGCCUGGCACCGAGCCGCCCGCGCCUCCCGCGCCCCUUGCCCCUCUCCGCGUCCGCGGCGCAAAGCGCGCAGUCCUGCUGCCGGCCGAGCAAGCCCUGCUCCCCGUCGGCAGCUUUUGGAGCCAGAUGUUUGGGUCGUGGCCGAUUCUGGGAUUGUUGUUUGGUGGUGGCACGGACGUGAUCGGCAGCGAGGUCCCAAGAACAGAGGAUGGAAGCUUCGAUUGGGCCACUGCGAGCUUCUAUUGGAAAGUCUGGGCGUGGAUUGAUGCGUGGCUUGGGACAGACUUUUUGGGGAUUGGUGGGGACGAGUAA